AUGAAGAAAAAUUUUCAAUCUUAGCUUCAGAUUGAAAAAUCUCGGCUGCCUUAGCAAAAGGGAUUUUAAACAAACAGAUUUGAUUAUAAUACAGUAGUCCUUAACAGAGUUAGUUUAGGCGAGUAAGAUUCAUAUAAACGAAGUAUAUCAGUAGUUUAGACUUCUAUGCACUCUUAAAGAGAUGAUGAAUAACAAGAGGAAUAAAAUCUAAGAAUAUAAACUGAUGAUAUUGUGUACUAAAGUAGCCCUAAAUCUUUAAUAUCAAGCUUAAAAUUUAAGGAAUCUAAAUAAAAGUAGAUACUGGAAUAAUUGCCAUUUUAACUUUCAUAGGAACAAGAAAUUGUUAUGACAGAACAUUCAAAUGAUUAAAAAGCUAGAGAAAUAUAGCUAAAUGAAGAUGUAGAAAAUUUAAAGAUGGAUAAGAUUAUUAAAGAUAAAAAGGAACUGCAAGAAGAAGAUCUAAAUUCGAUUCUUCUAAAUUUGAUUAAAAGGAAAAGAUUUAGUUAUACUGGGAGAAACAUCUUAGAGUAUAUCGUUAAUUGUCUAUGUUUGAAGAAAAUCAAAACUCUGAAACAUCAAAAAGCUUACAAAAACUAAUUUAUCUUUAAGAAAGGAUAGGAUAAGUUUUUAGAUGAAUUGGAUGUGAUUUCUAUACUUAAGUCUAUGCGGUAAGUAAAGCUUUUGACACAAGUCUUAUUGAAUUAAAGACAGAAUAUGAUCCUAAAAUUCCAAAGAAAAAAUUUGAUUGAGACUAGUUCAUCUUCAGAAGACAGUGAUAACAAUAACAGGUUUUAUACAAGCAAAUUAAUGGAGAGUAAGAAUCCAAUGAUUAGGCUGAUUAUAUUUGGAAAGCUAAAGAAGAUGGUUCAGUCCUAUAAAAGCCAGAAGCUAGAAGAUUUAGACAAAAGACUGCUUAGAGGUUUAUUUAUAAGGAAACUAAAGGAUUUUGAUGAAGAUGAAUAGGAAAAAUUGAAGAAUAAGACUUUACUGAUGAGAGUAAGAGAUGUUUUGAUACGGAAAUUAAUGAGUAAUGUCGACGAGGAGAGUAGGGAGAGAUUUAUUACGAAUGAGGUCAGUAACUUGAAAUCAUUUGAAAACAAUUAUUUAAUCUCAAAUGAGAGGAGUAUCAAUGAAUCACUAAAUAUAAUAGACAAAUCUUCAUUAGAGAAUGAUAAUUUGAAAGAAAAUCGAACUAUUAAUGAUUAAUUAGAUCUUUAAAUGCAAUUUGAUUAGAUAUUUUCUAAAGAAAGUAAAGAGAGACAUGCUAAGUAAUAAGCAAUGGAUUUAGUCUGA